GGGCCACUCCCCCUCUUCUCUUUGCCGAUCAAGAAAACCCUUGACAAGGAAUCCUCUGCUUAUAAAUACGCCCCAGUGCCCCAGCAUCGUGUGCUUGGUUGCUCCCUCGCUUUGGCAAAUCCUUGGGGUGUGGGUGCUUUUGGCCCGCCGACCUCAGAAUGGCCAAGCCUCGGAAGCAGAAGAGCGAUGAGCGUGGUCCUGACAGUUCGGGAGGCGUUGUUCUUCAUCAGAAACUAUGCUUGUCCGUCGACAUGGAGAGGCGGAUGAUCUUUGGAAUAAAUUUAGAAAUUAAAAUUUCUUCUCCUACUACCUAGGCACACAGAAAUUCAGGUUAUUCCAUCAGAGGCUGGGCAUAUUGGUUUACAUGCUGAUAAUAUGACUAUCAGUAGGGUGCUCGUGGAUGGAGAACUUGCUGAGUUUGAAUUUGUUCCACAUUUCCAACCUUUGGAAGAUGAGAAAAGGUGGUGCUCAGUGUCAUGCGUGAAUUCAGCUGCUGAUGCCGCCUCUUCGACAUAUAUGUCAUCUUUGGAUGACGAAAUAGUCCCUAAUCUACUAAUAGCUUGGUCUAAAGCAACAAAUUCAAUUAAUGAGCAAGAAAGCCAGCAUGACCAAUCAAAUGUGGGGAAUAUUCUACCAAAUUCAUUAGGAGAGAAUGGCCAUGAUGGUGAUCAUUUUGAUAAGAAUGUAAAACUGAUACGCAUUGAUUAUUCGGUUGAUAAGCCAGAAACAGGCAUUCAUUUUGGGGACAAUAUUCUUUAUAGUGUUAACCAGCUAAGGCGUGCCGACUGCUGGUUCCCUUGCAUGGAGAGUAGUAUGCAGCGAUGUUCCUUUGAUCUUGAGUUUACAGUUGACUCAAACUUUGUGGCAAUCAGCAAUGGGAACUUGCUUUAUCAGGUCUUAAGCAGAGAUGUUCCUCCUCGUGUAACAUAUGUUUAUAAGUUAAGUGUGCCCAUCUGUGCAAAGUGGAUUUCCUUGGCUGUUGCUCCCUUUGAAAUACUUCCAGAUAGCCAUAAUAGUGUUAUAACUCACAUGUGUUUUUCUCAAAAUCUUUCAAAGCUUCAAAAUACAAUUGGGUUCUUCCAUAAUGCUUUCAGCCAUUAUGAGGAUUACCUGUCAAUGUCAUUCCCAUUUGGUUCUUACAAACAAAUCUUCAUUCCUCCUGAGCUUUUGACAUCAUCAGUCAACUUGGGAGCCUCCAUGUGUAUGUUUAGCUCAGAAAUAUUAUUUGAUGAGAAAGUUAUAGACCAGACAAUUGAUACUCGCAUAAAACUUGCUUAUGCCCUUGCAAGGCAAUGGUUUGGAGUCUACAUUGCUGCAGAUGAGCCAAAUGAUGAAUGGCUGGUAGAUGGGCUUGCUGGUUUCAUUACUGACUCAUUUGUCAAAUGUUUUAUGGGAAAUAAUGAAGCACGUUAUCGACGCUACAAGGCUAACUGUGCUGUCUGUAAAGCUGAUGCUAGUGGUGCUACUGCUUUGAGCUCCUCUGCUGCUUCAACUGAUUUGCAUGGGACUCAGUCCAUUGGCUUUUAUGGAAAAAUUCGGUCAUGGAAAGCUAUUGCAGUUCUUCAAAUGCUAGAGAAGCAAAUGGGCCCAGACUCAUUUCGUAAGGACUGCCUGUCAGAUCUGAUGGUGGGCCAUAAAUAUAGAGGGGAUUAAGAUUUUCAUUCGAGA